CUGGGAGCGUGAGGCCGCGGUGGAGCACGCUCGGACAGGGCGCCACAUGCUGCCGCCCGUCCAGAGUCCUGCAGCUGACAGGGCGCCACCGCAUUGCUCCUCGCGACCCUCUCGGUUACGCUCCCCCAGACUUGUGUUCCAGUGAACAGUGUGUGUGGUGACGCCGCGCCGCGAGUGAUGAGUGUAGUGACAGUGACCAAGCUUUUUAAUGAGUCAGUGUGUCCAGUGCUGUGGUGGCGAAAAUCGAGCGCAUACAUACACACAAGGAAAAAUUUUCGUCUUGCGCAAAUGCAAAAAAUUGUAGUGAAAAGUGGUGUGUAUGUUUCACGCAACGCUCCAGGAGUAUUAAUGGCCCUCGCGCCGCCGCCACGUGCUGUGCCGAACCACGCCUCCCAUGGAUAGAGUGAGACCAUAAGUACAGAGUGCACAGCAGGUGAGAGGAGCGGCGCCGGCGAGCGUGUGGGCCUUUGCGUGGUCUGUCUCCCUCUGCUGCCUGCGUCCUCGCUGACUAAGCCGUGAGUCAGGUCCGUCUUGCUCACAAACGCGCGUAGGCGGGGAGCUGCACGUGCUAGAGGGAACCUGCCCGACCCGCGCCGCACAACGCUGUACCCGGGACCAGGUGUGACCAGCAGGCAGGAUGACCGUCGCUGUGGCCGCGUCAUUUCACGACCUGCCGCUGUCCCUCGCCCUGCUGCUCGGCAUGGAUGACGUCCCAGACGCCCCGAUGCGUCACCCUCCGCCUCCCCCUUAUACUCCCCGGACUACAACGCCCACUACCACCCACGGGCCACAAAUCCUACAUACCCUUACCACCCCCACGCACUCCCCAAGGACGACAGGUGACCCACUCACUCAACAAACUCUACCAAAAACAACGUUCGACACCUUCAUGCCUCACCAUCAAGCCUCGACCUCUUUUGAGAGUUACACUGCGGUCAGCGGCCCUGCAGGUUCCUCCUGGGGAGGAGUGUCCCCUGAGUCUGCUAUCACGCCUUCACUGAGUUUUUAUGGGUCACCUGCCCUCUCCAGCCCUUCCCCUCGUCCGACUCCAACGCCAGAGGGCACAACAUACUCACAUCACACGGAGAGGACUUCACAUAGAGUCAGCGUUACCGUGACCGACUUAACAUCGGUCACCCCACAAAACAUUCAGGCACAGAGUGAUUACACGGGCACCUUCACUGAAUCUGGAUACACCGCGGCGCCAAGUCCAGGCCCGAGCUACACCUCGCUGGCCCAGCUAGUGAGCGAGGACCUACCUGGCUCCUCCGACUGGUCCAGCAUCAGCGGCGCCACUGUGGGUCUGGAAGGAUGGGGAGUGGACCCACUUCCGCCCGCCUGGCCCUCCCCUGUCACUACUGUCACCGCACCCAGUGACCCUGCACCAACGUGGGUGUGGCCCACCCAACCCACGGGGUCUGAAAAUCCCUGGCACCUUCAGCCACCUCCAGUGUGUUCCCCGACCCGCGAAUAUGCUGCACUAAGCCCUGCCAGCAGGGAAGUUUCCCAGGGGUUCUUCCGCGGGAAUGGCGCACCCCAUGGCCGCCGCUCCGCCUCCCGCUCGCCUCUCAGCCCGACAGGCGCUGCGUCAACCCCCUCGCCCCGAGGGGACCUCCCGCCCCGCUCCCCGCUCGCACUACCAGGCUCACCACACGACACGCGCUCAGCAGACCGGCGUCGCUGGAGAAGACGACAGCAGCAGCAACAGCAUCAAAAAUCUCAGCAGAAGGGUGAAGGGAAGGAGGGAGUUUGGUGGGGGUGUGGUAGCGGGUGGCGGCGGUGGUCGGGGCAGCCCCGCCGCUCACACAGUCUGGUCCCCAUGGAGAGUGCGGGAGGAGCGCGGCCGGUGGAGAGUGGAGGCCCCAGCCCCUUGAGAGGCAGUUCCCCCGGUGACCACACCCCACACGCCCCGGAACAACACACGUCACUUGACGAAGGUCAAGACGACGACGAGGACGACGACACAGAGGAGAGUCGAGUCUGCGUCCCGCCAGACCCGCGUGUGUGGGUUUCGGAGGACAUAUCCACGUGGCUCAGAUGGAUAGUGAAGGAGUUCAAUCUGAGAAAGGAGGUGGAUCGGAAGGUGCUGCCAGACACAGGCUGUGAACUUUGUCGUCUGUCACGGCGUCGGCUACAACGGCUAGUGGGGCGUCGUGUGGGGCGGGUCUUGGCGGAGCACCUGGACAUCUGCCUACAGCGGUUCGGCGCCAAACACCCAACGUCACCUGAUCCCAACGCUGACCCCUCCACCACCUUGCCCUCAGACGAGUCUUCCGAGGAGGAGGACGACGAUGAUGACGAUGUGGAUCCCUACGAGCUGCUGGGUCCUCGGUCCUCGCGAUUGGCAGCGCAAGGGUCAGGCCAGAUCCAACUUUGGCAGUUCCUUCUGGAGCUGCUCUCAGACCCCGCCAAUGCCGCCGUCAUCACCUGGGAGGGCACCGCUGGGGAGUUCAAGAUUCUCGAUCCAGACGAGGUGGCACGCCGCUGGGGUGAGAGGAAGUCCAAACCCAACAUGAACUACGACAAGCUUUCCCGCGCCCUUCGGUAUUACUACGACAAGAACAUCAUGACCAAGGUGCACGGCAAGCGCUACGCCUAUAAAUUCGACUUCCGUGGGCUGGAUCAAGUGCGGCAACAGCAGACGGCUGAGGCACAGCGCUAUCCCGCCGACCUGAGCUUCCUCACCGGGUACUCUCAGCUGUUGGGGAGUACCUCUCCCCUUGCUGCGGGGCCCCUGGCACCACCCUCCCCGCAUCCACCACCUCCACUACUCUCUCCACCCCCUUACUGGGCCGCUGUAUCUUCGGCGGCUGCCCUGGCCACCACCUCGCCCCUGGCCACCUCCUCCCCAUUAGCCACCUCGCCCCUGGCCACCUCGCCACCCCUGGGGCUACACGCCGCGCCCCUCACCUCGCCCCUCAGCUCUCCGCAGCCAGACACCCCUACCACUACAACUGCCGCCGCCCAAAGGACGCUGCCCCACUACCCGUACUCAUGAACCCUGCACAGGGAGUGGGACAAGCCUGCCCCCAUCCGCCACAAGCGGGACCUGCUGGAUUACUUGAUGCUGCUGCGUCUACUUACACCCCCAGAGCCUCCCAGAUCCUGGCCUCCAGCUGCAGGCUCCUCUGGCAGGCAAGGGAGUCACCUCGGGGCGUCCUGGGCAACCUCCCAACAACGGUGAGGCCGCGGCACUCCUCGGGGCCUCUGUCCCCUGUUCCCAUCGACUUCGUGGAACCGCGGGGCCGCACCGAGCGAGAUACUCAAAUUAAUCUUUCUCGUCGAUAAGACUCACAAAUGUUCCUGAAAGCCACACCAAGGGUACAGACAGCUGCCACGGCACAGAUAGGCGCAACAAUACAUAAGGCCGUGGCAGCAAACAAACACUAAACACAGGCGUCAGUCAAGUAAUUUACAAAACACCAUGUCCCUUAGUUAAGAAUGCCAGCAGGCGCCAAAACACACAUUCACAUUGGUACCAAACCAUACGUAAAGUGCAGUACAAGGAAAGGUCACAAAAGACUUCCAUAUUCCAUAACCUAUUCAACUUGAUCUCCUCUUCCAACCAAACACUUCCUGUUCUAAAGCUCCACGUGCCAAACAAACCACUCUCCCCUCCUUAUCCUCUUCCCCUCUACGAAAGAUCAGUCAAUAAAAGUGAUAACGGAUUCACAUCCCAUUAUAAUACUCAAAAUCUUAACUCACCACACUUUCGCACCACCCUGACUCUUCACUCUGCAACGCUGUGGACAAGGUUAGGCACCACUUUCUCUAUUAUCGCCUCAGCACCGAGUCCCACACCACCCCAGUGGCACUACUUAUGAGGGCCUACAGAGCCUCGGGGCGUGGCUGAGGCAGAGGAAUCUUUUCAGAUGUUAACGAAAAGUACCUGUGCAACGUCAUGUAGUUUGGUUUGGGGAUCAGUAUUCGUUUUACGAGUGUUGCAAUUGUAUCAUUAAGUUCUAAUACUCCUUCCCCGUAAUAUGUACGAGAAUUCUGUUGUCUUACGUACAAGUCCCCCUUUUGUGUGUGCGUGUAUGUAGUUUCUCUUAAUGUCCUUUUUUGUAUAGUAAAAUGUCUUCAACCUGAGCUUGCACCUGAAUACCAACAGAGUUUUGAGCCAGUAUAGCUGAUCAACUCUUAAAUAAAUGAGUAGUACUAAUUAGGAGGUAGGAAUGUCUACUAGAUGUGUGUGGUGAAGUUUAUAUUAUGCCUCGUAUGUUUUCUUAAUUAAUAACAAUUUCUUUGAAUUAAGAAAUCUUAUACACAUUUGAUCAUAUAAUUGCUCAACUACUUAUAAUCACCAAGGACGGGCCGGUAGUAUCGCAUUAAAGCCACUCACACAUUCUCUUAGAAUUACUGUCAGUCUUCAGGUGCACGCUUCUGUUGAACACACCUUAACAUACAAUGGAUCCAAACAACAUAUACUUCCCAUUAGUUAAGUACAGCGUCCCCUCCCUCGCUUCGCCCCAGCCCAGUCCCACUUUUAAGCAAGUCCUCCACAUAUCAAGCCUAACAUUCCCUCAGCCAGUGCCCAGAUGGCUAGCACAGUGAUCAAGCCGGUUCAUGAUUGGUGCAAUGUUCCUCCAGUCAGGACAGAACAUUCAUUCCUCAUUGUAUUACUACUAGCAUUUAUUUACAUUAAGUGUUGUUAUGCAGUAUUAUUAUAUAGAUGACCUGUAGGUGUUCUGAUUAGGUAUAGUGGCUCGUUGCUGUCAUUAUCGCAGGUGUGUAAGGGUCGCCUGUCUGAUAACGCACCUGACCAUCGCUGACGGUGAGAAGCCUGAGUGAUAGAUAGAAAGAUAGUACGGAAGGAAUGUUUUAAGUAGUUUCGUUAUUAGGGAAAGGAAAGAUAAGUUACGAAAGUGAAAUUUUGUACGUUUCGAAAGACUGUGCUCAUAUCAUAGUUACAAAAAUCAUAAAAAAAAAAUGUCCCAGUGAAUCUAAGAUAAAAAAUAUAUAACACUUUUUGUAGUUUUGUUACGGUAAGAGAAAAUUCGUACUGUGUGUGUGAAAUAUGGUACGUUUUAAUAGUUUGUUUUCAGAUAAUUAUAAAAAUAUAUAGGGAGGAUGCCCGAGUGAUUGAAAGCAAAAAAUCAUUUUUCAGUACCUCGUUUCAUUAUUGAUAAGAAAAAUAACAGUGUGUAAAAUUAUACACCUCUGAAGACAAAAUAAUAUGUAGAAAGUGUCAGUGACAAAAAGAAAGAAAAGAUAAACGCAGGAGAGACGCAUUGUACGCAUCAACUCCUCCAAUUUUCACGAUUACGAUAAGGAAAAAAAGAAGCUCAUUCACAUCCACUGGUAACUAAAUCAAACACUAUGUAGACCGUAUUAAGAUGUUGGUCGAUAACUGUGUCCUAGAAAAAAAUAAAAGAAUCAGCUGACGGUCUACGGUACUCAAUAAGAUUUGCGCACAAAGAUGCAUAAACACGCGCCGCCGUUUCGCCGCAUGUGUCAUGUAAAUAUCAAUUCGCACUGCUUCCCACGCCCAUCUAACCUCCAUCUCUCCUCGGUUCUUCUUGUUGGGACACUUGAAAAACGAUCGCAAGUACACGACACAAAAUUUGAUACUGUCAUUUAGCGUUAAGUUGUCAUGUGUACGCAAUUACUUUGUUUAUAUCGAUUUCCCCAGCUUUGUAUCGCUUCAUUAUAUGUAUUGGGAAAUGCUUCUAGUACUAUAUGAUCUGGAUUUUCAGUCUUCUGAGGGUUAGUUCUCUUUUCAAGUUUUAUAAUGUGAAAGUUUGCCUACACGUAUGUCCUCUAUCAACAAUAAUCUUGUUAUUAAGCUUCUACCCUCGACUGGACUUUAGGACGUAGAGAAUAAGUUUCCAUUUUUGGUUGUCUGUAAGACGAAUAUCCCACCGAUUUAUUAAGUGCUCAUCGUGGUUACUUUUCCACGCCCGUCCUUCAUUUAGUUUGACUUAGUACAUUUUCAAGGACUGGUUAUUGCAAAUCAGUACAAGACUAUCCUUUAUGCCCUUCUCAUCCUCCCAUUCUUCGUCUACUUCUUUUCUUCUUUUUCUUCCACUUCCUCCUCCUUCUGUCUUAUAUUCUUAGGUACAGAUGUUCUACCACGCACCAAGCUGCUAAAUAGAACCGUGAACGCGAUGCCAUAUUAAAGAUAAAUUCAAUCAUUGCACCUGCUUUCCCAAAAAUACACCUUCUCUCUCUCUCUCUCUCUCUCUCUCUCUCUCUCUCUCUCUCUCCCAGUGCGCCCGCAUAACAUUAGGUCUCGCUUAGCUCAUUUCCGACAAUUAAGCGUACAAAUGUUGAUUUUCUGAUUUAGUGAAAAAAAAAUAGAAAAUCACACAAAAAUAACAAAUUGAACUCUAAACUCCUCACAAUGGGCAGACACACACACACACACACACACACACACACACACACACACACACACACACACACACACACACACACACACACACACACACACACACACACACACACACACACACACACACACAGACCAAUCACAAAAUUUCAUUAAUCAUGCGAAACAAAAGACAAUCCCAAGAAUUUUCCAAAAGGGGCAGGACACACCAUUACCUCCAGCCCCCUUCCCCUGUUCCCUUCGCCUCCCUCUGCCCCCUUUCUCUCUCGCUGAUCUCACGCGUCUCCACCACGGGAACGCGAGGCCGACCCAGAGGCUUGUAUUAGUUGUAGAAUAAAUGAUUAAUUUGUACGAAACUGUCACGACCAUUCCUGUUGUUCACCUCUCUCUCUCUCUCUCUCUCUCUCUCUCUCUCUCUCUCUCUCUCUCUCUCUCUCUCUCUCUCUCGACCCAUCUCCACUUUCUUCGUACACCAGAAAAAAAUGGAUCACUGGGUUGUCUGUGCAUGAAUUUUCCUCUUCUCUUUUAUACCAUCGUACUUUUUUUAUUUAUACUUAUAUAUUCCAUUCCCUUUUCAUUUUCUCCUUUACCCUACACUUUUUUUUCUUUCUUGUGACUCUCGUUCGUUUUCCAAAUUCAAGUAAACGAAGGAGAUGGCAUGCUCUCUCUCUCUCUCUCUCUCUCUCUCUCUCUCUCUCUCUCUCUCUCGUAGAUAGCCUGCCUGUUGAAGCUUUUUUCCAGUAGAUUGUAUAUAUUGUAGAGCUACAGUAGUGAAUACGAAUCUAGUAUGUCCUGCAGUGCUUUUAUGAUUAGUGUAUAUCUUAAUUAUAUAAGUUUAAGUCUCUCUCUCUCUCUCUCUCUCUCUCUCUCUCUCUCUCUCUCUCUCUCUCUCUCUCUCUCUCUGUACCUAACCUUCCCACAUUUCCGGCUUGUAUUGAGGAGCCUCCCGGCCUACUCACUCAUUCACCUCAAUAAAGUGCUAUCAAAUGUAA